AUGCUGGCCACUGGAACGAACAUCAUGCACCCCAGUUUUUCCACCGCCUCCCUGUACGUGGGGGAUCUAAACGAAGACGUGACUGAAGCAGUCUUAUACGAAAUUUUCAACACAGUUGGACAUGUAUCAUCUAUAAGAGUAUGUAGAGAUAGUGUAACAAGAAAAUCGUUAGGUUACGCAUAUGUAAAUUAUCACAAUUUAGCAGAUGCAGAAAGAGCAUUAGAUACAUUAAAUUAUACGAAUAUAAAAGGACAACCAGCUAGACUCAUGUGGAGUCAUAGAGAUCCAUCUUUAAGAAAAAGUGGAGCAGGAAAUAUAUUCGUAAAGAACCUAGAUAAGUCUAUAGAUAAUAAAGCCCUAUUUGAUACUUUUAGUAUGUUUGGUAAUAUACUCUCAUGUAAAGUAGCUACAGAUGAAUUUGGAAAAAGCAAAAGUUAUGGAUUUGUUCAUUAUGAAGAUGAAGAGAGUGCAAAGGAAGCUAUUGAAAAGGUUAAUGGAAUUCAACUAGGAUCCAAAAACGUUUAUGUUGGUCAUUUUAUUAAAAAAUCAGAGAGAGCUACCAACGACACCAAGUUCACAAAUUUGUAUGUAAAAAAUUUCCCUGAUAGUGUUACGGAGACACAUUUGAAGGAACUGUUUAGUCCUUAUGGAGAAAUUACUUCUAUGAUUGUGAAAACGGAUAAUAAAAAUAGAAAAUUUUGUUUUAUUAAUUAUGCUGAUUCGGAGAGUGCAAAGAAUGCUAUGGAAAAUCUGAAUGGUAAGAAGAUUACAGAUGAUGGGCAAAUUGACCCUACCUACGAUGGCAAGAAGGAAGAAGCAGAGGGUGCAAGCGGCAGCGGUACUGGAAGUGGGACUGGAAGUGGAAGCGGGACGGGCAGCGGGACUGCCAACAACGCAGCUGGUGGAAGCGAAGGGGAAGGCGAUAAAGGAGCAGCAGCCGAUGCGAAGGGGGACAACAAAGCUGCUAAUACCGGUGAUACUGGCAAAAGUGGAGAAGAAACCGAAGGAGCAGCCACCACCACCGCGGCAGCCUCCGAAUCUGCCAAGGGAAAAGAAGGUAACAGUGGUGCAUCUGAUGAUAAGGCCAAUGCAACAUCCGGGGCCGCUUCGACAGACGCAGCUGCUGCCAACGCGAAGGAUGACGCAGCUAGUAGUAGUGCAGCAAAUGCAGCCGCGCAAGGAGAAAGCACAAAUGGAAGUAAUAAAAAGGAAAGUGGUUCAGAGAACGCAGACAGUCCUAACAUACUAUAUGUAGGCCCUCAUCAGUCGAGAGCAAGAAGACAUGCCAUUCUGAAGGCCAAAUUUGACAAUCUCAACAUGGAGAGUAAAAACAAACACCAGGGUGUAAAUCUGUAUAUAAAAAAUUUGGACGAUGCGAUUGAUGAUCAAACAUUGAAGGAGCUGUUUGAACCGUAUGGUACCAUCACAUCAGCAAAGGUGAUGAGAGAUGACAAGGAGCAAAGCAAAGGGUUCGGUUUUGUAUGCUUCGCUUUACAAGAAGAAGCAAACAAAGCAGUGACAGAAAUGCACCUGAAAAUAAUUAAUGGAAAGCCUCUAUACGUUGGUUUAGCAGAAAAGAGAGAACAAAGAUUAUCUCGACUACAACAACGGUUCCGCAUGCACCCCAUAAGGCACCACAUGAAUAAUGCAUUAAAUUCGCCUAUGCAGUACCCAAACCCACAGUCCCCACAGUUGCAAUUUAAUCAGAACACAUUAAAUUAUGGAAGACCUGUGUUAACUCCAUUUAACCAAAAUAACCUAAUUUCGUGGAGACAUCAACAAGCAGCACAACAGCAAGUGGUUCACCAACAGGCAGCUCAACAACAGCUAAAUUUUAAUGCAAAUUUAAGAGGACAGAUGAACCAAAUGAGAUUCUACACACAAGGGGGAGGUAACAUGAUGAAUAAUACUAUGAAUCAGAAUAAAGUGAACUCGCAACUCCAUCCUGGUCACCAAUAUCCAAAUGCAUUAGGACAAGCAAAUCCACAACAACAAAAUUUAAACGCACCAGGACAAAUGAACAACAAUCAACCUAUGCAACAGCAACCAGGAAAUAAUCAAAUGUUGAAUAAUAAUAUGAGGAACAUGAACAGUAGAGCGAACAGAAAUAUGGGAGGAGGAAAUAUGGGAAAUAUGCCGAAUCAGAAACAGCUCCCCCUCAACAUGGUAGGCAAACAGAACAAUUCACAGGCCAAUCAGAUGAACCACCAGGGACCACCUCCACCACAACAACAACAGAAUCAACAACAGCAGCAGCAGCAACAGCAGACACAACAGAAGUCGGCUCAACAAAUGCAGCAACAGGUAUCUCCCAAUGGAAAUUUUAAAUUCACAUCACAAGCAAGAAACCGUAUGGAGAUGCCAAACAAGAAUGCAAAUAAAGUGAACCCAAUUAAUAACAUGAAUGUGAAUUUUAACAACAACUCGACAUUAACUGCUGCUGCGUUGGCCUCUGCACCUCCCUCCAUGCAGAAGCAAGUUUUGGGUGAGAAUUUAUUUCCCCUGGUUGCGAACUACCACCCGACUUUAGCUGGCAAAAUUACGGGAAUGAUGUUGGAGAUGGACAACUCUGAGCUGCUAAUUUUGCUGGAAAAUGAGGAGCAGCUCAAGAAGAAAAUUGACGAGGCGCUUGUCGUGCUGCAGAAGGCCAA